UAGGACAAAACUUUUAAGAACUGAGAAAACUCAUUGGUCAUUUCUUAGUAACAAUGUCAACUAUUGGUUCGCAUACGGUCGAAUAGAAAUCCGUCUUUUUCAUUGACCCAUGUGGUGUCUGAAAACGGAGCUGACAUUAUGCUGCGACGGGAAGCCAGGCUUAGGAGGGAGUACUUGUACCGGAAGGCUCAGGAGGACAAGCUGCGCACCAUCGAGGAGAAAAAACACAAGUUAAAAUCUGCCCUAGACGAGAAUCGUCUCCUCCCGACAGAGAUUCGUAAGGAGGCCUUGCAGCUCCAGAAGCUUCUUGAAUAUGAUGAUGAGGGAGCAGAAGGUGUCAGCAGUCACACUGAUGAUGAGUAUAAAUGGGGUGGAGUCGAAGACCCAAAAAUUAUGGUGACGACAUCUAGAGACCCUAGCUCCAGACUUAAAAUGUUCGCCAAGGAAGUGAAGCUCAUCUUCCCAGGGGCUCAGCGCAUGAACAGAGGGAACCACGAGGUGAAAGCAUUGGUCCAGGCCUGCCGUGCGGCUGAGGUCACAGACCUGGUGAUUUUACAUGAGACCCGAGGCCAGCCAGACGGCCUGGUCGUGUGCCACUUGCCAUUUGGACCUACAGCCUACUUCACGUUGUACAACGUGGUUAUGAGACACGACAUCCCAGACAUCGGCACCAUGUCCGAGGCCUUCCCACACCUCAUCUUCCACAACUUCACCUCACGCCUGGGGCAGAGAGUGUCCAACAUCCUGAAGUAUCUGUUUCCAGUGCCCAAGGAAGACAGCAAACGUGUGAUCACAUUUUCCAAUCAGGAAGACUAUGUUUCUUUCAGACAUCACACGUAUAAGAAAACUGACCACAAGAAUAUUGAACUGACAGAAGUGGGGCCAAGGUUUGAAAUGAAAUUGUAUAUGAUCAAGCUCGGCACUCUGGAGAACGAGGCCACGGCAGAGGUGGAGUGGCGUCUGCACAGCUACAUGCAUACAGCAAAAAAGCGUCGGGUUCUUACCACAGAGUAGCUGUGAGACUUGGGACCAAAAAAACAGUUUUUGUAUCAUAUUUGUUACUCGGCGAAUCUACUACUGCUUCAGAGAAGUAAUUUAUUGGUGCCAUAAUUUCCUGUUUUCAACAUUAGUGAAUACUGGCUAUAGGUAAUUGACCAGGUUGCAAAGAGGUUUGUUAUACAGCAGGUUGGUGUUUCACUUUUUUUUUUUUGUCCAAGCUCUUUGGCUUGCUCAUUGAUUGAUUGGUUGUGUGAAUAAUUUUCUGAUUAUCCUGAUAUUUUCUGUUGAAACAGUGCAUUGUAAGUAAGCUCCAAAAUUGGGACAUGAAACCCAGAUGUUGUGAAUUUUUUA